AUGGAGGCUACUGUUGCGGGAAAAGGCUUUAAUACACCUCUCUUUGCCUUUGACAAGUCAAAUAGUCAAGAAAUAAAUGUCAGAAACAGUUUAAUGAAUAGCGAGAGCCAGGCCCGGGGACCCACUCCCACAGCAACUGCAGAGCUGGAACCGGCUCUGUCGCCAACUCUGGAGCUAGAGCCGGCUCCAGCGCCAGAGCCUUCCUGGCCUUCGCCUGUGGCUGCAGAGAAAGGACUCAGCGAGGAGAGGCCUCACCUCCUGGCGUUUCCUCCCGACCUGGUGGCGGAGCAGUUCACCCUGAUGGACGCGGAGCUGUUCAAGAAGGUGGUGCCCUACCCCUGCCUGGGCUCCAUCUGGUCCCAGCGGAACAAGAAGGGCAAGGAGCACCUGGCUCCCACUGUCCGGGCCACCGUCAGCCAGGUCAACAGUGUGGCCAUCUGCGUCAUCACCACCUGCCUCAGGGACCGGAGCGCGACGGCCCGGGCCCGGGCCAGGGUGGUGGAGCACCGGAUCGAGGUGGCCAGGGAGUGCCGGGUCCUCAAGAACUUCUCGUCCCUCUACGCCAUCCUCUCCGCGCUGCAGAGCACCUCCAUCCAUCGGCUGGGGAAGACGUGGGAGGAAGUGUCCAGGGACAGCGCGCGGGUCUUCCAGAAGCUGUCAGAGAUCUUCUCGGAUGAGAACAGCUACUCGCUGAGAGAGAUGCUCGUCAAGGAGGGGACCUCCAAGUUAGCCACCCUGGAGAUGAACCCCGAGAGAGCCCAGAAGCGGCCGAAGGAGACGGGUGUCAUCCAGGGCACCAUCCCCUCCCUGGGCACGUUUCUCACGGACCGGGUGGUGCUGGACACCGUGACGAAGGACUACCUGUAUGGGAGAUGGAUCAACUUCGAGAAGAGGAGGAAGGAAUCCGAAGUGAUCGCCCAGAUCAAGCUGCUGCAGUCCGCUUGCAACAAGCCCGAGGAGCAGUUCGGGGCCUGGUUCCGGGCCAUGGCGCGGCUCAGUGAGGCCGAGAGCUACAACCGAUCGUGUGAGCUGGAGCCCCCCUCCGAGUCGGCCAGCAACACUCUGACCAAGAAGAGCACGGCCAUCGUCAGGCGCUGGAGUGACCGCCAGGCCCCCAGCACAGAGCUGAGCUCCAGCGGCAGCUCGCACUCCAAGUCCUGCGGCCAGCUCAGGUGCAGCCCCUACCUCAGCGGCGGGGACAUCGCCGACGCGCUCAGCGUCCACUCGGCCGGCUCCUCCAGCUCCGACGUGGAGAUCGCCAUGAGCUUUGUCCCAGAGUCCCCCGGCGGCCAGGAAAAGAAGUUCUGGGAGUCCGCCUCCCAGUCGUCCCCGGAAAUCUCCGGCAUCAGCUAGGCAUCCAGCAGCGCCUCCUCCUCCUCGGCCUCCACCAUGCCCAUGGCCAGCGCCCGCACCCACAAGCGCUCCGUCUCGGGGGUCAGCAGCUACAGCGCCUCGCUGCCGCUCUACAACCAGCAGGUGGGCGACUGCUGCAUCAUCCGGGUCAGCCUGGACGUGGACAACGGCAACAUGUACACGAGCGUCCUGGUGACCAGCCAGGACAAGGCUCCGCCUGUCACCGGCAAGGCCAUGGACAAGCGCCACCUGGAGGAGAAGCAGCCGGAGCAGUAUGAGCUGGUGCAGGUCAUUUCGGACGAGAGAAAGCUGAAGAUCCCGGACAACGCCAACGUGUUCUACGCCAUGAACUCUGCCACCAACGAUGACUUUGUCCUGAAGAAACCGGCCUUCACCAAGGGGGCCAAGGUCCGGCAUGGUGCCAGCUCCACUCUCCCCCGCAGGAAGCAGAAGGGACUCAGGUUUGCCAAGGGCAUCUUCUAGCUGGUCCCUGGCACUGCCCAGCCACAGGGCUGCCCCGCCAGGCUCCGGCAAGUUGGGCAAGCAAGCACUUACCGACGACAGUGGCCCAGGCCAGGCGGGCACCUUCUGCCCAGCCUGCCACCGGGCCGCCCGCCCCGACUCCAGUUUCUCCCUAGACCUCCUGCUGCUGGGAUUGACACCUGCCCAUCAGCAGGCUGACCUGGCCUCCGGGGACCACUCGCCGCCUUAGGUGCCUUUUGCUCUCUGGAA